GUGUUUACAUCUUUCUAACCCGAAUGAAGAGUUCGUUGUUUUUAACAGUCAGUAUUCAGUAAAAAUAAGUCAUAUUCGUAAUUUGUUGUAAUAGUUUAAAAACAUUGUCACAUUUCGAAAGCUUUACAUACAUGUGAAACUCAAUUAAACUUUUUACGGUGUAAUAGCACCCAACUAAGAGCAGGGCGGAACAAUUAUGAUUAGGUAUUUUGUUCAGCUAAAUGAAAAAAGGGAUAAAUCAUGAUGAACAAUCACAGCGAAAGAAAAAUCGUGCUUAUUAAGGAAACCAGAUCAAAGUAAAGAGACUGUACACGAAGUCUGAUACAUACAUGUUCCUUGUAUGCUGAUUAAACUUUAAUAAGAUGCCCACAAUAGCUAGUUCAUCUUUAACAUACGAAAUUCUCAUGUAUCUAAAUUCCUUUUAUUUUGGUAUGUUUGCUGUUUGCGAAUUGGGCAUGGGAUUCUUCAAAGCUGCAAACUUGCCUUCUCCUGGCACAAGCACUACAUUGACAGAGUUCGCACUUUUGUUUUUCCUCAUAGCCACGGAAGGAGCUAGAAUUUAUCUCGGAAGAAAAGGAAACUUGACUGAACAUGGGUUGCCAAUUCUUGUUGGAGUUAUUCUAACUGUGCCUAGCUCCUUAGCCACAUUGUACUUUUUGAUCUGGCAAAAUUAUGUGCUCAGGCUAGAAGUAAUUCUUUGCAGCAUACAAUUAGUCCUAUUGGCAUCUGAAUUAAUAAUUUCAAUCUUGUGCCUUAUAGCUAUAUAUCGACCGCCAUCUCCCGAAGAAUAAGUAUCUCCUUGGUUGUCUUCUAUCAUCUUUGCAA